AUGGCUGCUGUCGUGGAGGAGCAAAUCAAGAACAACAUGUUAUUUUUCCAAGUUAAUCCAGACCCAGCUGCUGUAGCUCCACCUAGGGGACAGUCUCAAGAGGGCUGCCCAGGGACAAGCAGGCCUCCUCGAAGUAAAAGAAGUGAACCAGCAGCAUCGGCGAAACCUAUAGAAUUCAGUAUAGAUCAAUACUCCAUUCUUUUAGAGAUAAAAGAUCAACAUGCACAAAAGGCGCCAUCUGAAAUGAAAACUCCCUAUCGAAAUAGGGACAAGAGCAAAUAUUGUCACUUCCAUAAAGAUUGUGGCCAUGAAACAAAUGAAUGCAAGCAUCUGAAGAGAGCCUUGGAAGAUUUGGCUCGAAAAGGAAAGAUGAAUUCAUAUCUACCCCAAGGGGGAAGAAAGUUUCAGAAAAGAGAUGACCGUCGGAGCAAGAGAAAAGAAAGUGAGAGUAUUGACGAGGAUGUAGUGCUUGUUAUAUCUGGAGGUUUUGCAACAGGAGGUCCGACCAACCGGGGGCAUAAAAUUUACCUGAGGGAACUCGGCCCGAUAAUGCUUACCAAUCAAGCAGAGUCUGACCCCUUCCCAAAGGUAGUAGCCAGUGAGCUGGAUAGCGGGAAAUUGAGAACUCUCCAUGACGAUCCAUUGGUUGUGGAGAUGAAAAUUGCCAACCUGAGAGUAAGAAGGAUUUUGAAUAAUACCGGGAGUUCGACAGAUAUCAUCAGCGCAGACUGUUUAUCAUGA